CCACCAGAGUUGCUCAAUGACUACAACAAGGAAUUGAGUGCAAAAGUUCAUGAAUUGCAACAAUCACUCAAUGAAAAACAAAAGAAGGUUAAAUCGGAGGAGGAUAGAACUUCAACAUUAAAGGAGCACUUUAAGAAUGCAACUGUUGAAGCACAAAAUACUCAAGCAUUGUUAGAAGCUAAGAAUAGCGAAACGGAAACAGAGUUGCAUCUUAAACAAGUUGCUGAAAGAGAACUGGGAAGACUCCAAAUAGAAAUACAAAAAAUUGAUAAGCAAGUAAAUGAUAUUCAGGAUCAGACCAACUUGGUUCAAAAUGAAAUUUUCAGAACUAAUGAAAAAAUUGAUGAGCUUAAAACAAAUAUGGGUUUUGAUCAAGAAGAAUUGGAACAAUGGACAUUAGCCGAAAAACAAAAAGAGGAAGAUCAAGAAAUUAUCGAACAAUAUUCCAAACAAGAUGAAAAGAAAAUUAAGGAUAUUAAUUUGGAUAGUGAGAAGUGGACUAAACUUACUGAACUCAAAAAAACAGAAUAUGAAAAGGAAAUUACUGAAACACAAUCUGUUCAAAUUGAGUUAGAAAAAACUGCAGAAGAUUACAAGGCCCUCCAUAAGGAAAGACAAGACCUCAUCCAACAAUGGGAAGAUACAAUUGAAGCUAUGAAUAAGAGGGAUGAAAUGAUUCAAAAGGCUGGAGAAGCAUUGACAAAUGGUAAAGACGAUAUUCAAAGAAGACAAGAGGACUUGUAUGAGCAUACAAAGAGAUUUGAAGAUAGAGUCCAAGAUAACAAAAAAUUGGAACAACAAAUAGAUAAAUCUGGAAGAGUUUUGGAAGGACUACGUGACCAAAAUGAAAAGCUCAAAAAGCAUAUCAAAGAUUUGGAAGAUGAACUUGAAGUUAUUAGAAACACUCUAGCUAAGAGCUCGAGUGAUUUGAACAACAAGAGAAUUGAAAAGAAAUAUUUACAAGACCAAAUUAAAAAGAAGGAAGAAAAACUUGAAGCUUUGACAACACAAUUGAAGGAAACAACCACAAGAUUGGAAGAAAGUAAAGUUUACAUGGGAGAUCUGGAGUCUAGAUCCAAAUACGUUUCAGAUGUCCUAGUUUCAGAGGAAACCAAGCUUAAAAACAUGGACAAAAGAUUGGAAGAACUAAAGACUCAACUUUAUCACCAAUCCCAGGCUUUGUUCAAGGAACGACAAAAGGAGGCAAACAUGAUUGCAGAAAUAGGAGGAACAAACUCUCAAAAUAAGAACAUGGUAUCAAAAAUUUCACAACUUGAAAGUGUGGUUCUUAAACAACAAGAGUUGCUCUAUAACAUUGAAUUCCAAGUUCAACAAAUGGAAAGAAGAGUUAACAGAGCUCAAGGCGAAAGAACUGAGGAAGAGAAAAUCAAGCUUAAUCUUCAAAUUGAAGAACUUCAAAAGACUUUGGAUGAACAUGAAGCCCAAUUUGAUAUGAUUAAGGGUGAAUGGACUAAGGUAAUUGGUGAAGUUAGAAAGAUUAAAAAGGAAGUUGACAUCAAAGAAGAUGAAAAAGCUAAACUCACAGAAAAGGUUCAUGAUCUCACUUUAGAAAACAAUUCACUUGAAGAAGAAAUGAAGUUGUUGUCCAGAGAAAAGGAAGACUUACUUGUUCAACACGAUAUUCAAAAACUUCAAGUUAAGAGAAUGAGAGACAUGCUGAGAGCAAGAAGCGAUGAAGUAUCUGGUUUAGAAAACAGAAAAUAUCAAUUGGAAAUGCUCUAUGUUGAAAAGGAACAAAAGGUUAAAGCUCACAAGGAAAUGUUAGGAGCAGAAUUAAAGGCUUACGAAGAUGAAAGAAGAAAGCUUUCUCUUGAAUUGAGUAAUAGAAGAGUCCAUAUCGACAAGCUUAAGAAUAAGUAUAACAUUAUGAUUCAGAGAAUGAAACCAGACGAGGAUGGUGAAGAAGUUUCUCAAGCACAAUUCUUGAUUAGAGCAAUUCAAGAAAGAGAAGAACUUCAAAGAAUUGGUGACAAGUUGGAUGAAGAAAUUCAAAAACUUGAGAGUCAUGACAGAGGAUUGGAACAUACUCUCUCUUUAUUCAAGAAUCAUAAUAUUAGCCAUAACGAGCAUUAUAAGAAGGUUGAUUUGAACGAUCCAGACAUUAGACAGAAAGUUGAACUUGAAAAUAAGUGUAAGGACUUGGACACACUUACCAGUAGAAGAAUUCAAGAGCAACACGAUUACGAGGAAAGUGCAACAAGAAAACAAAAGGAAUUUGAAGCUGUUAUGAUCGAGCAAAAAGAAAUU